UUUGAACCAUGGUCAAAGAAUUUGGUCAUUCUUUUGUUCAAUUCGGCUCUUACAAAGAUUAUCAAAGGGCUUUCAAUUCCACCUCCUAUUUGCACAAGUCCAUUCUCAUUGAAUUUUUGGUGCGAGGAAGGGAGCGAGCUCUUCGAGUGCAUCGAACCUCAAAGUCUCGGAUCUUCAAUCUUCCAUGGCGGAUUUCAAAUCAAACUCAUAUACGGAUGGGAGAAUGCAGAUUGAGAGCUACAAUGGAAACGAAGCGAGAGGACCUAAUGUUUCCGGCGGAGAUUUUCGUAGUUACAGUGCUUCUUAUGCUUCGUCUGCAAACCCUAAUCAAACGCAGAUGAGCAACGAUUUGAAGCUCAAGAAAGGGAAAUCGACGAACGGAUUUUCGUCGAAGAGUUGGAGUUUCAACGAUCCAGAGAUUCAGAGAAAGAAAAGGGUUGCUAGCUACAAGGUUUAUUCUGUGGAAGGCAAAGUCAAAGGAUCUCUAAGAAAGAGCUUCAGAUGGUUCAAAGAACGAUGCUCUCGUGUUGUGUUUGGAUGGUAGCAAGCGGCUUAAAUUGGUACCAGAAUUUUCCUCCACACUCUUUGUUGCUUAAUUGUUAGCUUACAGUUCUGAAAUCCAUUCAUUUGUUUCGUUAUAUUAUGGUUUAUGAAUCUGUCUGAAUGUGUAAUUACUGCUGGAAGUACAGAAUUCUUUGUUCUCUAUGAUCUGAUAUCACUUGUUUGAGUGUUCCUGCUGAAA